AUGACUGGUAAAAUCUGGCCGUUCUUUCUGCGGACAGGGUCGCGCAGAUCGAGUCCGGCUUGCAUGCCACACCACCACGCCGCUCGGACUCGAUAUGUGGACGGGUCCAUCAAGGACCUCGGACAGUGUGAAGUGAAGCCGUGUGAGCAAGACGAAGUUGGUGCAAAGAGACAGGGUGGCUGGGCCGAUCACGACUCGUUGAAUCGAGAUGUCCGACCAGUGCUUCUUCUGUCGAUCGCGGAUCGGGGUGGGGCCUGUGUGGGCUGUGUGCGAUCGCUGGGACGAGUGGGUGGUAGCGAGCGCGUCGAUUGA